AUGGACAGUGAUCGACCCUGCCAGUCAAUGAAGCGAUGUCGUGAAGAUGUAACGGAUGGCGACGUUCUGUCGUCGAAGCGCCCGGAUUCCGCCAUGCCUGCCUUAAAACGUCGCCACGUGAAAUACCAGCGCCACGGCAAGCCCCCAUACACAUACCUCGGCAUGAUGGUUGCAGCCAUCCAAUCCACAUCGGAAAAGCGACUGACACUAGUUGGGAUCCAGGACGCCCUUGAGGCCUUGUUCCCCUUCUUUCAAGGUCAAUACAAGGGAUGGAAGGACUCGGUCCGACACAAUCUCUCCCACAAUCCCUGCUUCAACAAGUCCAGUCGAACACAGACCAAGAAGAAGAGUUCCAAUGGUUGUUUUUGGACAGUUGACCUGUCUCUCGUGCCAGCUGACGCUUUUAAGAGAUCUCGUGUGCCUCACGGAAUGGAAGACCUAUGGGCACCUACCCUCACAAAGCAGCUAAACAUCCCUGAUAUCCAUCUUCCUCCUCCCCGCACCCCUCCGAAGAAAGUAUUCCGGAUACGUUCCAAAAAGCCGACGACAGACGACAAUGAUUGUGUAGAUUCACGAGACGAGACUUCAGCGCGAGAUCCCGAUGCUGCGCUACACACACCGUCGCCCAGUCUGUCCUAUACAGAAGCUCAGUACACCCGAUACCUGAGAGAACAAACACCAGAUGGAGUUCAUGUCCCGCUGAGCAAAUACCCGCCAUUUGCAUCCCUCCUUUACCACACCACGACGUCCCCAGACGUUACAGCAGCGGCGGAAAAUCUUUGGAACCUGUGUCCUUCACCUCGAUACGGAACGCCAUUUGAAGACCAGAGAACUAGCGAAUCAGCUUCCCCGCAACAUUUGUUCAGCUACGCAACUCUGAUCGACGAGUUAGUUUCAACGUCUUUAACAGCUGAACAGCACUCUCUUCGGGUCACGGACAGCCCAUCUCCUGAUAUAGCUCCCGACAGCGCAGAUCCGUUCAUGCACUACCUCGCCGACUUGACAACUGUGCCGGACUCGUUUAGCUUCCCCAGCCAACAGACGACAACAAUUUGUUCAAAUAGUCUACCGGAUUCCACCUGCUUUCCCAUAAAGUAUGAAUCCGUGUCACCUAUGACCCCGAAGACGAGUGAGGGCAUCCAGUAUCCCGGAGUUCUCCGGCUCCCCACCCUCGCUCCGCCAGCCCCUCCGUCCGACUGUUCUACCAUCAGCUUCAUGUCAGAAACGAGUCAGAUGUCUACCGUGAGUCACGAAGCCAUACUUCCAACUGACUUUUCCACUGUGUCGUUCGAGAACAUCAAGGAUGAGCCAAGUCUUCCGGAUAUAUUCGCUUGA